CGAUGAGAUGGACACAACCCUGCCAGCAGUAGCUGAAGAGCUUUUGAAAGAGAUCAAAAAGGCUUUUCAGGAGACCUCACAUGUCCCUGAUGACCUGCUGCUGGGGCUGAAGUUCAUAUUUGGCCCAUCUGCUGUUCCAGCUUUGGAUUUGGUGGAUCAGCGUUCUGUCACCCGAGUCACGUCCCCCAGCGGAAGGACUGCAUACCAGGUCCUUGGGAGCUCGGGCAAACUCUACACCUGCUACAGUUCCUGCCACUUCUGCACGUGUCCUGCUUUUGGUUUUAGUGUAUUGCAGAAGAGCGAGAGCCUCCUGUGCAAACAUAUACUCGCCGUCUACCUCAGUCAGGCCAUGGGAGCCUGCCAGGAACUAACUGUCUCUGAAGAGCAGCUCACAAGCAUCUUACUGGCUGAGGAAGAGGAUGAAGGAUGAAGGAUUUGGAUCCCAUGUGGAUGUGCUUUCUUGUCUACCCUCCCGCUGUGUAGCUGGCAUUUUUCAUAUCUAGACGGCUGUCAAGUGGUAGGUUUCUUUCUGUGCUUCAGCCAAGCGUGACAUUAAUUAGCAGCCUUGCACUGAUUAAUUAAUAAAUGUUAAGAAGCCCAUGUUGAC